ACUCUCAGACCCGCUCUUCUCUAGCCGGUGGGGAAAGGAAGCUGACUUUGUUCCUAACUCUCCCUGCUUGACACCAACUUGCAUUGGGGACAAACCUCUCAAGUGUAUUUUCCCCCCUUCAACCAUACAUCAACAAUUAAGUUUCUGAGAAGAGGUGUUCUUGCGACCACCAGGUGACAAUAGCCAUGAAGUGGGGCUGGGUGUUUUUGGCGGUCUUCCUAUCCUUGGGGACCCUGUCCUGGGGAGAGAAAGGCCUGGAAGUCCCCGAGUAUGAUGGCAGAGACCGCGUCCAUGAACUCAACGCCAAGAACUACAAGUCUGUCAUGAAGAAGUACGAUGUGAUGGUGAUCUACUACCACAAAAAUGUGGAUGGGAACCGCAGUGCCAUGAAGCAGUUUCAGAUAGAGGAGCUGGCUUUGGAGCUGAUCACAAGUCAAGCAGCAAUUAUCUUUCAGCUUGCAGCCCAAGUUCUUGAUGAUCUUGAUGAUGAGGACAUUGGAUUUGGCCUGGUGGAUCAAAAGAAGGACUCUGCUGUUGCUAAGAAGCUAGGUCUAGACGAAGUGGAAAGCAUCUACAUCUUUUGUGACAAUGAGAUCAUCGAGUACGAUGGAGAGCUCGCUGCAGACACCCUGGUUGAGUUCCUCUAUGACGUAAUUGAAGACCCCGUGGAGAUCAUUGACAACGAGCGUGAGCUGAAGGGUUUCCACAACAUUGAUGAGGUCAUCAAGCUGGUUGGCUAUUUCAAGAGCGAGAAAUCUCCUCACUUUAUAGAGUAUGAUGAUGCAGCUGAGGAGUUCCAUCCCUUUGUCAAAUUCUUUGCCACAUUUGACCCCAAGAUUGCCAAGAAGCUGAAGCUGAAGCUGAAUGAAGUUGAUUUCUAUGAGCCAUUCAUGGAAGAACCCGUCACCAUUCCAGGAAAGCCCUAUGUUGAGUCUGAACUUGUUGAAUACAUUGAACAGCAUGACAGGCCUACUCUGAGGAAGCUUGAGCCGCACAGCAUGUAUGAGAUCUGGGAGGAUGACAUUGAUGGAGAGCACAUUGUUGCAUUUGCUGAGGAAGAUGACCCAGAUGGUUUUGAAUUCCUGGAAAUCCUGAAGGAGGUGGCACGCGAGAACACCAACAACCCCAACCUCAGCAUCAUCUGGAUUGACCCUGACAAUUUCCCCCUGCUGGUGCCAUACUGGGAGAAGACCUUCCUCAUUGACCUCUCUUCUCCACAUAUUGGUGUGGUUGAUGUUGAGGAUGCCGACAGCGUGUGGAUGGAAAUGGAUGACGAUGAUGACAUGCCCACAGCUGAUGUGCUCGAGCAGUGGAUUGAGGACGUUCUUUCUGGAAAGAUCGACCCAGAUGAUGAUGAUGAAGAAGAAGAUGAUGAUGAUGAUGACGAAGAUGACGACGAAGAUGAUGAUGACGAUGAUGAUGAUGAUGAUGAUGAUGAUGAUGAUGAUGAUGACGACGAUGACGACGAAGAUGAUGAAGAUGAUGACGAAGAUGAUGAUGAUGAAGAUGAUGAUGACGAAGAUGAUGAUGACGAAGAUGACGAUGAUGAAUAAAUGUUUACUACCAUCUUUCAUUUCAUUAUGAUUUAGCCACUAAUGGCAAAAUCAAAAGUAGCACCAGUUUUUUUUCUAACAUUUUGCAGCAAACACACUUUGCUUCCUGUAUGGUUUCCUGUAAGGGACAAAUAUAAUGACCUUAUGGGAAACUUUUGCUGUCAGGGAGAGAGAUUUUCGAAGAAGCAGAUGAUAUGCAUCUCUGUUGAUAAACGGGGUUGCAACUUAAAUCUGGCGUUAUAUGUCCUUUGUUACUGGAUUACAAUAUGCUAAUCUCUCACCUCUGAGGUUAACUAUCCACAUGAGCAAAGAGGCUAACAGAGGCUGGCUUCCCUUUCUACCUAAUGUCACAGACCGGGGUUCUCCCCUUUAUCAUUUUCUGUUUACUGUAAUCCUGUUUCAAUGACAUGUUUUCUACUUGAUGAAGAGAAGAAACAAACACUUUCUUGCACUAUUUUUAAAGAGAAUAAACAAACUUACUGGAAAACUAUUAAGGUACCGGGUAUUAAAAAUUGACAAAAUCAUUUGUUUCUGCUCUCAUAUUAAAAUUAAAAGACAAAAAUAUUUGAAAUUAAUGUUUGUUGUUGUCAUUAAUUACUAUUUUUAUGCCAGUGUGUGUGACUGUGAUUUUCUGGUGGUUUGUAGGCAAGUGCUUUGUUUAAGCAUAAUACUUAAAUGUGUGCACCUCCCCCUGCUGAUUUUGAAAAAACAUCGCUCAUAAUGUAGUGGGACAACAGUGUGGAUUUGUGCAUUUUACAUUAAAUAAAUUUGGAGCUA